AUGUCCACUCUGGCAGCGGACGUUUCGUUCGACUUCACUUUCCCACCAUGCGACCCUUCCACACCCCCGAGCUUCUCUUUUGACCCAUCGUUACUCGAGCUGCCCUACCAUCCCGGACACGCCCGCUCAAGCUCACAUGGCUCCAUCUACUCCAUCGAGUCGUCGCCCUCCGACUCCAUCAGCACCCGCAUGACAACACCCGCCCGGUCUCCCAUCCGGACUCACGGCCCUCUCCUGCUGCCCAAGAUCCGUUCUCAGGACCAGGCCAUCGCACCAUCCUCCGCCGUGCCCACUGGCUCCCCUCCCAAGCGCCAGAGGACUUCUCCUGCCCCUACGGCCAACAGGAGCGCAUAUCGCCCAACGCACCACCGUAGCUUCACCAACCCGGAGACUAUCAACUUUGCGCAGACUGCCAAUGUCUCUUUCUCGUCCCAGCUAUCGGAUGAAUCCAAUGCGCCAAACCUCCUGUGCUCCCCUGUGAGCUUUGCUCCGUCACAGGAUUUCACUGGCGGCCACUCCCGCCGAGCAUCAUCUUGCAGCUUGGACAAUGUCACGCUCGAGAAGUAUGGCUUCCCUACGUACCGUCAGAUGCCCUCGUACGUUGCCGCUCCCUCUUCGGGCAGUGCAACACCGACACCUCAACCCCAGGUCAUGCCGGUCGUCUCACAGCCAGAGUCGUACUUCUUUUCGCAGCCAUAUGCGCCGCGUGCCCGUUCACCCCUUGCUGCUGCUGCUUCCAUCUCUCCGGAGCCAACGCCGAACACCACUCUCCUGUCUUACCUGACAGGACCCAACCCUGCUCCGGCGCUGGUGCGCACCAUCUCCUUCCCACUCCGUGACCCUCACACCAAACACUUCUGGUGGGACGUGAGGCAAGUCAGACCAUGGACUGCCUUCAGCACCAACACCAUCCUCAGCCUCCCUGGUGCUGCUGCCCUUCUAUCAUGCCCAGUGCCAGCACCCCUACUGCCCACACCAAUGACCAGCACCAGGCAUCCAGAGACUGAGGGCGCUCUGCACUCCAUCUACGCCAACUUCUACCUGCCCAAGCUCAACUCCGCCCUUGCCCUCUCCUCCAACCGCCCCCUCCAGCUGUCCGUCUCCUCCAAGCAGUCCUCACACGCAGCCGCUGCUAGCGCCUCCACCUCGUCAGACCACAUGUUCAUCGCCAACAUGACGGGCGAGGCGGCGACGGCGGCGGCCAUCUUCGGCGGCAAGCCGACGGCGCGCGUGGUGGGGCUGGUCAAGAGCUUCGACCGCUUCAACACGGGCAUGCGCGUCGAGGGCAACGUCAAGCGCGUCGAGUACCUGCGCGGGCUGGCGCACCUGCACCACGCCAUGCGCGAGCACGGCUGCCGCUACGGCUUCAUCCUGACCGAGAUCGAGCUCGUCGUCGUGCGCAACGGCGCCGAGCACACGCCGCACUACGGCUACCUCGAGGUCGGCACCGUGCAGCUCGCGGCCAGCGGCGGCGCUGUGCCCGCGCCUGCGUCCUCCUCCCAGGAGGGCAACGUCGAGGGCGCGGAUGGCGCGCAGCAGUCCGGCCACCAGGAGAUGCACAUGACGGCUUGCCUGGCGCUCUGGGGCCUGUGCAUGCUCGCGUCUGAUGAGCCCGUCAUGGGGCACGCGCACUGGCGCAGCGAGAUUGGCGCUCCUGCCGAGGGCACGCGCCGCAAGGCUCUUGCGCGCGAUGCGUGGAUGCCGCAGCCGCAGCUGGCGGAGAAGCGAGAGGCGAAGCGAGCUCGUGGAUGGGUGUGGCCCGAGGAUCCUGUAGGCCGCAAGGAGCUGGGGAAGCGCGGUGUUCGGUACGGUGGAUGUUAG